AUGGCGUUGGAUGUGCUGACCACCACAGGGUUCCACCAGGGAGGAUCUGACGCUCCAUCCAGACUGGGAAGUUUUUAACAGUCACCGUCAAACUGAAGGUAUCUGAAGUUCUCUUUUAAUGAUUCUGAUAUCAUAUUUUUAUCUGAGAGUUCUUGUAUUUGUCUUCACCGGAGGUCCAAAAACUCUAGCCUUUCUGGGGGUUUGUAGAUGCCCAAGAGAAACUUGAUUUUAAAUCUGUCUGUUGAAUCUUUUAAGUCUGUUUCCAAUGUAGUGACUCAUCUUUCUUGUGUUGUUACAGUCUACAUCCAAGAAGACCCUGGCAGACCCCAUCACCUGCUGGACUCCGAGCCUCUGCACACUGGGUUACAGGUGAGCAUGGCGUACAGAUAUCACCACCUACAAAAGGAACCUGGUUUUAUCUGAUGCAUCCAGAUUUUCUAAUCUCUGCCAACUUUAAUCUCUCCCAAACACCAGUGGUUUGCCCACUUUGAGGGACAGAGCUUCUUCAUUCUGUACCCCUUAACUGAAGUCUGCACCAGCACAGAAACCUACCCCUUGACACCAUUGGACUCUACCAGAUGUCGUGGGUGCCAUCCCCAAGGAACCGGUACAUAAAACAGAGAAUGAUUCACUUAUAGGUUAAAGACUGUGCCGGUCCAAAGACUACAUUUGUCCUUUUGUUUUAGGACUACACCGAGACGUCGAUGACCCCCUCUUGCUCCAGGACCCAGCUGAAGAAUGAAGACAAAGACUUGGUCCCCUGAUUAGAGGUGAGUCAAUCUUUGCGAGUGGUCUUGCUUGUUUCAGUCAAAGUUUUAUGGUGAUAAAUUGAUGUUAACAGUCCACUAACUGGAUCUGAUCCCUGUCUGCCUUCUGUAGUCACCACCCUGCAGGCGGACUUCCUGUCUCACUGUGAGCCCGUAGACCUUCAACCUCGUCCAGAAAACCCUUACUCAGGACAUGGUGAGUGCGCCUUUCUCUUUCAGGCUCUACUUUGAGGAGCACACAUGAGCAGCUUUCUAAAAUCCUUCUAACAGAUGAGUCCGUUAAGAUGAUGAUAGUUGGAUGUUUUUACUCGAUGGGCACAGAUGAACCUCCACAACCCAUGAAGAGUGCAAGCUUUGCUAUGUCACUGUCACUUAUAGAUCUCCUCCACCUUUAUAUCGCUGACAUUAUCAGUAUUAUUGACAUUAUAGGAUUAUCGCUGAGACCUUUUCUGACUGACAGAAAACGAGGCAGAGUAUUCACUCAUGACAGUUUUCUUCAUUUACAGGAGGAUACUGGAGUCUCGACUGAGGACCCAGUGAUGAAGAUGGAUGACCUGUCUGUGACACAAGGGUCAUAG